UCGACCUCCGCCAUGUCCAAGCAGUUCCAGUUCAAGCUCGUCCUUCUCGGGGAGUCUGCAGUGGGCAAAUCAAGUCUUGUCCUGCGAUUUGUGAAGGACCAAUUCGACGACUACCGGGAAAGUACAAUCGGAGCUGCGUUCCUGACACAGACUGUCACCCUGGACGAUCAAGCCACCGUCAAGUUCGAAAUAUGGGACACCGCCGGCCAGGAACGAUACAAGUCUCUUGCCCCCAUGUACUACCGGAAUGCCAAUUGCGCGGUCGUUGUCUAUGAUAUCACGCAAACCGCCUCAUUGGAGAAGGCACGCACCUGGAUCCGUGAGCUUCAGCGACAGGCAGAUCCCUCGAUAGUCAUCGCCCUAUGCGGUAACAAGAUCGACCUCGCCGCGCGGCGGCAGGUGACCCAGGAGGAGGCGCAGAAAUAUGCAGAGGAGGAGGGACUUCUGUGGUUCGAAGCGUCUGCCAAGACCGGCGAGGGUGUGUCGGACGUAUUUACGGCUAUCGCCAAGAAAUUGCCGUUGACUGCACCACCGACUCGAAACGCUCGCGCCGGCGCAGCUGCACCUGGUCGUCCUGGCGUUGACCUUAACAAGCAGGCGCAAGGCGCAGGGUCGCCGAAUGAGAACUGUAAUUGCUGAUAUGGUUAAUCAAUGACCAUGCGGUCGGCGCUACUCUUGAACGACGCAGGCCGCGAUUAGAAUGAUCCCAAUCCCCGCCGCUCUUCUGGUCCAUCGCCCUACAGCCUUCUCCUUGGAUCGUCCUCCCCGCCACUUACAUUCUGUAAACUAUCAUAUCGUACAUUGAUGCUAUGUUCUUGUUUCGGUUAUUCCUACUC